AUGAAGGCGGGAGGCGCCGCGAAGCUCAUCGUCGACGCGCUGCUCCAGCGGUUCCUUCCGCUCGCACGGCGUCGUAUUGAGACCGCCCAAGCUCAGGAUGGGCAGUACCUCAGGCCUUCUGACCCUGCGUAUGAGCAGGUGCUGGACUCAUUAGCUAUGGUAGCACGGCAUACACCCAUACCUCUUCUAGAAGCUCUUCUAAGAUGGAGAGAAAGUGAAUCCCCAAAAGGCGCAAAUGAUGCAUCUACAUUCCAGAGGAAGCUUGCGGUGGAGUGCAUAUUUUGUUCAGCAUGUAUUCGCUUUGUUGAGUGCUGUCCACAGGAGGGACUUACUGAGAAGCUUUGGUCUGGGCUUGAAAAUUUUGUGUUUGAUUGGCUGAUUAAUGCUGACAGGGUUGUUAGCCAGGUUGAAUAUCCCUCAUUGGUUGAUCUGCGAGGACUUCUGCUAGACUUAGUUGCUCAGCUUUUAGGUGCAUUAUCUCGCAUCAGGUUUAGUUCUGUCACUGAGCGCUUUUUCAUGGAACUCAGUAUUCGUCGUAUUGACACUAGCGUUGCCCGGAGUGAAACACUUAGUAUCAUUAAUGGAAUGCGCUACUUGAAGUUAGGGGUCAAAACUGAGGGUGGACUGAAUGCAUCUGCCUCCUUUGUGGCAAAAGCAAAUCCCCUUAAUCGUGCACCCCAUAAACGAAAAAGUGAGCUUCACCAUGCUCUGUGCAAUAUGCUUUCAAAUAUCCUAGCACCUUUGGCAGAAGGUGGCAAAAACCAGUGGCCACCUUCAGGUGUCGAGCCUGCACUUACACUCUGGUUUGAAGCUGUUGGGCGCAUAAGAGGACAACUCAUGCAUUGGAUGGAUAAACAGAGCAAACAUAUUUCUGUUGGAUAUCCUCUUGUGACUCUUCUACUCUGUCUUGGUGACCCUCAAAUUUUUCACAGCAACUUAAGCUCUCACAUGGAACAACUUUACAAGCUUCUUAGAGACAAGACCCAUCGUUUCAUGGCAUUGGACUGUCUUCACCGAGUUUUGAGGUUUUACCUCAGUGUCCAUGCAGCAAACCAGGCGCCUAAUCGUAUAUGGGACUGCUUAGACAGUAUAACCUCACAGCUCUUAACAGUUUUGAGGAAAGGAAUGCUUACUCAGGAUGUCCAACAUGAUAAACUUGUGGAGUUUUGUGUGACUAUAGCUGAUCAUAACCUUGACUUUGCCAUGAAUCAUAUGAUAUUGGAAUUGCUGAAGCAAGACAGUCCUAGUGAAGCCAAGGUUAUUGGUCUUCGUGCUUUACUUGCUAUUGUUAUGUCACCUACAAGCCCGCAUGUUGGUCUGGAAAUAUUCAAAGGUCAUGAUAUUGGCCACUAUAUUCCCAAAGUCAAGACUGCAAUUGAGUCCAUCUUGAGAUCUUGUCAUCGAACCUAUAGUCAGGCUCUUCUCACAUCUCCAAAGACUACCAUAGAUUCUGUAACCAAGGAAAAGUCUCAAGGAUAUCUCUUCCGGUCUGUGCUAAAAUGUAUACCAUAUCUUAUAGAAGAAGUUGGACGCAGUGAUAAAAUUACUGAGAUAAUACCUCAACAUGGGAUAAGUAUUGAUCCUGGUGUUCGUGAGGAAGCAGUGCAGGUAUUGAACCGUAUUGUCAGAUACCUUCCCCACCGGCGCUUUGCAGUGGCAAGAGGGAUGGCAAACUUCAUCCUACGACUUCCUGAUGAGUUCCCUCUUCUCAUUCAAACAUCACUUGGUCGUCUAUUGGAACUCAUGCGUUUUUGGAGAGCUUGUCUAAUUGAUGAUAGGCUGGAAUGUGAUACUGAAGAUGCAAAACAGGUGAUGCGAGAAAAUUUAGGAAUUAGGAAACCUACUUUCCGCCUAUCUGGAGACUUAAAUGAAUUCCGUGCAUCAGAGAUAGAUGCAGUCGGACUUAUCUUCCUUAGUUCUGUGGAUAGCCAAAUUAGACAUACUGCACUUGAAUUAUUGCGGUGUGUUCGUGCUCUAAGGAAUGAUAUAAGAUACCUCACUUUAUGUGCACAACCUGAUCACAGUCUUAAAUAUGAAGCUGAACCAAUAUUUAUCAUUGACGUCUUGGAAGAGCAUGGGGAUGACAUCGUCCAGAGCUGCUAUUGGGAUUCCGGGCGCCCAUUUGAUUUGAGACGAGAAUCUGAUGCAAUUCCUCCUGAUGUGACACUUCAAUCUAUAAUAUUUGAGACCCCUGAUAAGAAUAGGUGGGCUCGAUGUCUUAGUGAGCUUGUCAAAUAUGCUGCUGAACUUUGCCCAAGAUCUGUCCAUGAAGCGAAGGCAGAGGUCAUGCAACGUCUGGCUCAUAUAACUCCUGUUGAGUUGGGUGGGAAGGCUCAUCAAUCACAAGAUGCAGACAGCAAAUUGGAUCAGUGGCUCAUGUACGCAAUGUUCGUAUGUUCAUGUCCACCAAUUGGUAGAGAAGCUGGUAGUAUAGCUGCCACAAAGGAUCUUUACCAUCUAAUUUUCCCAUCUCUGAAAUCAGGAUCUGAGGCGCAUAUUCAUGCAGCCACAAUGACUCUCGGGCAUUCACAUCUUGAAUCAUGUGAAAUCAUGUUUACGGAGCUUGCUAAUUUCAUUGAUGAGAUUUCUUCAGAGACGGAGGCAAAACCAAAGUGGAAGAUUCAGAAGUCACGCCGUGAAGAGCUUCGAAUCCAUAUUGCAAAUAUAUUUCGUGCUGUUGCUGAGAAUAUAUGGCCUGGCAUGUUGGCUCGUAAACCAGUGUUUCGACUCCACUAUCUGAAGUUCAUUGAUGAGACAACCAGACAGAUCUAUACAGCUCCUACUGAAAACUUCCAAGAUAUGCAGCCACUCCGCUAUGCACUUGCUUCUGUUCUAAGAUCACUAGCGCCUGAAUUUGUCGAGUCAAAAUCAGAAAAAUUUGAUGUUAGGACUAGAAAAAAAUUGUUUGAUCAUCUUCUCUCCUGGUGUGAUGAAACAGGCUCCAAUUAUGGUCAAGAUGGUGUUAGUGAUUACCGGCGUGAAGUAGAACGUUACAAAUCCUCUCAGCAUGCUCGGUCAAAGGAUUCCGUGGACAAAAUAUCAUUUGAUAAAGAACUGAGUGAACAAGUUGAGGCAAUCCAGUGGGCCUCCAUGAAUGCUAUGGCUUCACUCUUAUAUGGGCCUUGCUUUGACGAUAAUGCGAGAAAGAUGAGUGGCCGGGUUAUAUCUUGGAUUAACAGUUUGUUCAUUGAGCCUGCGCCUAGGGCUCCAUUUGGGUACUCACCGGCUGAUCCGAGAACUCCAUCUUAUUCAAAGUACACAGGAGAAGGUGGCCGUGGAACUGCUGGUCGUGAUAGGCAUAGGGGUGGCCAGCAUCGCAUUUCUUUAGCAAAACUGGCUCUGAAGAAUCUAUUACAAACAAACUUGGACCUGUUUCCUGCUUGUAUUGAUCAGUGCUAUUACUCGGAUGCUGCUAUAGCUGAUGGUUACUUCAGUGUGCUAGCUGAAGUCUACAUGCGCCAAGAGAUACCAAAAUGUGAAAUUCAGAGACUUUUGAGCCUGAUUCUCUACAAGGUGGUGGAUCCAUCAAGACAAAUCCGUGAUGAUGCACUUCAGAUGCUUGAGACACUUUCUGUUCGAGAAUGGGCUGAGGAUGGCAUCGAGGGCUCAGGAAAUUAUCGGGCUGCUGUUGUGGGUAACCUUCCUGAUUCCUACCAACAAUUCCAAUACAAGCUCUCAUGCAAACUUGCCAAAGAUCAUCCUGAGUUGAGCCAGCUUCUUUGCGAGGAGAUUAUGCAAAGGCAACUUGACGCUGUUGAUAUAAUUGCACAACAUCAGGUCUUAACUUGCAUGGCUCCUUGGAUAGAGAAUCUAAAUUUCUGGAAACUUAAGGACUCAGGUUGGAGUGAAAGAUUACUGAAAAGCCUAUACUAUGUUACCUGGCGGCAUGGUGAUCACUUCCCUGAUGAAAUUGAGAAACUUUGGAGCACUAUUGCUAGCAAACCAAGGAACAUUAGCCCAGUUUUGGAUUUCUUAAUCACAAAAGGGAUAGAAGACUGUGAUUCAAAUGCAUCUGCAGAAAUUAGUGGUGCAUUUGCCACAUAUUUCUCAGUUGCAAAGCGAGUAAGUUUAUAUUUAGCACGGGUAUGUCCUCAGCGUACAAUUGAUCACCUGGUCUACCAGUUGGCUCAGCGGAUGCUGGAGGAUAGCAUAGAUCCAAUUGGGCCAAUGGCAAAUAAAAGUGAUGCUGGUGGAAACUUUGUCUUGGAAUUCUCUCAAGGGCCUGCGGUUCCCCAAAUUGCAUCUCUUGUGGACAUCCAGCCACACAUGUCACCAUUACUUGUUCGGGGUUCUCUUGAUGGUCCGCUAAGGAAUAGUAGUGGGAGCCUCAGCUGGCGGACAUCAGGUGUGACAGGCCGAAGUAUCUCAGGCCCUAUAGGUCCAAUGCCUCCUGAGCUGAACAUUGUUCCUGCAAAUGCAGGCAGAUCAGGCCAGCUCCUUCCGGCUUUGGUAAAUAUGUCAGGGCCUUUAAUGGGGGUGAGAAGUUCAACUGGAAGUCUGCGGAGUCGCCAUGUGUCCCGGGACAGUGGAGACUACCUUAUUGAUACUCCAAACUCUGGUGAAGACGGGUUGCACUCUGGGGUUGCCACACAUGGCAUCAGUGCUAAAGAACUGCAGUCAGCCUUGCAGGGGCAUCAGCAACAUUCGCUGACUCAUGCAGAUAUAGCAUUGAUUUUACUUGCAGAAAUUGCAUAUGAAAAUGAUGAAGAUUUUCGGGAGCACUUGCCUCUGCUCUUUCAUGUUACUUUUGUUUCGAUGGAUAGUUCGGAGGACAUUGUGCUGGAACACUGUCAACAUCUCCUUGUUAAUCUUCUAUACUCCCUUGCAGGAAGGCACUUGGAACUCUAUGAGGUUGAAAAUAGUGAUGGAGAGAACAAGCAGCAGGUUGUGAGCCUGAUCAAAUAUGUCCAGUCAAAGCGAGGAAGCAUGAUGUGGGAAAAUGAAGAUCCCACGGUUGUGAGAUCUGAACUUCCAAGUGCAGCUCUAUUAUCUGCUCUAGUUCAGAGCAUGGUAGAUGCUAUCUUCUUUCAAGGAGAUCUUCGAGAGACUUGGGGCGCAGAGGCAUUGAAAUGGGCCAUGGAGUGCACAUCGAGACACCUUGCCUGCCGCUCGCAUCAGAUUUAUCGUGCAUUGCGGCCUAGUGUAACAAGUGAUACAUGUGUGUUGCUUCUCCGGUGCCUUCAUAGAUGCCUAGGAAAUCCUGUACCUCCAGUGUUGGGUUUCAUAAUGGAAAUUCUGUUGACGUUGCAAGUGAUGGUGGAGAAUAUGGAACCAGAAAAAGUGAUACUUUAUCCUCAGCUGUUUUGGGGGUGUGUAGCUAUGAUGCACACGGAUUUUGUUCAUGUCUACUGCCAAGUCCUUGAGCUCUUUUCCCGUGUGAUUGACCGACUAUCAUUCCGAGACAGAACAACAGAAAAUGUGCUCCUUUCAAGCAUGCCUAGGGAUGAGCUUGAUACUAGCAAUGACAUAGGGGACUUCCAACGCAUGGAAUCCAGGUUGGGCUAUGAGCAGUCUCCUUCUGGAGGAAAUCUGCCAACAUUUGAAGGGGUGCAACCUCUUGUUCUUAAAGGACUUAUGUCAACAGUUAGUCACGGUGUUUCCAUUGAAGUUCUCUCACGGAUCACAGUGCACUCAUGCGACUCUAUAUUUGGAAAUGCAGAGACACGACUCUUGAUGCAUAUCACAGGCUUACUUCCCUGGCUCUGCUUGCAGCUUAGCAAGGAUCCAGUGAUGGGGCCUGCUUCACCUCUCCAACAGCAGUACCAGAAGGCUUGCUCUGUUGCAGCAAACAUCUCUGUUUGGUGUAGAGCAAAAUCAUUAGACGAAUUAGGUACUGUUUUUAUGAUCUACUCUCGUGGUGAGAUCAAAAGCAUCAACAACCUCCUUGCUUGUGUCUCGCCACUAUUAUGCAAUGAGUGGUUUCCAAAGCACUCAGCUUUGGCUUUCGGGCACUUAUUACGGCUACUGGAGAAAGGGCCUGGUGAUUAUCAGCGUGUGAUAUUGCUGAUGCUCAAGGCAUUGCUCCAGCACACACCCAUGGAUGCUGCGCAAAGUCCACACAUGUAUGCAAUUGUGUCCCAGUUGGUGGAGAGCACAUUGUGCUGGGAAGCACUGAGCGUGUUGGAAGCCCUUCUGCAAAGCUGUAGCUCAUUGCCAGGUUCUCACCCUCAUGAACCCGGGUCAUUUGAGAAUGGGAUUGGCGUCAGUGAUGAUAAGAUGCUAGCUCCUCAGACCUCAUUUAAGGCUCGUAGUGGGCCGCUACAGUUUGGUCUGACAUCACCGUUUGGAACAAGUUCAGCACCUGCACAAGGGAGCUCAACUGAAACUGGAGUUUCACCUAGAGAAAUAGCUUUGCACAACACACGGCUCAUUCUCGGGCGGGUUCUUGACAGCUGCGUCUUAGGGAGGAGAAGGGAUUACAGAAGGCUGGUUCCUUUCGUAACCCAUAACUGACAUACAUUUGUGUAUCUGUUCUUUGCAUAUGGUUGGGUUAUACAGUAGAAAUCAGUCCACCCAACAUUUCAUAGGUGUUACCAGGGCAAUGAGAAAUGUAAUCGAACUUCCGGAGCUGGUGGUUUAUUAUUUGAUGUAUAUUAGUAGAUGAUGAGGGGGGUAUUGGGAGUGAUCGAACACAGUUUUGAAGUUGUCAAGUUGUAUAUAGGUAGUUGUGAAGCUAUUAGUGUAAUAUGUACAGUAACUUAUUAAUAGGAUUAUCCUGAUUUUUGCCAAUUAUUAUUCCUUUGCU